AUGACGUCUCCAGUUAGCCUACCAGUGCAUUGUGAAAUGUGGGCCAUGAAAAUACUCUUGAACAUAACGGCACUCAGUUCAGGUAGGCAUAUGUCUGGGAUUGUUUCCUAUUUAGUUUAACUAAUCCUAUUCCUGAAACCAUUUUCAAGCUAAAAGUGUAGCGUUAACUGUCUGGUCUUUCUUCCACAUUGGUAUCAACUUGAUUAGGUUUGACACCUGCCAUGGCCAGAUCUCUAUUCUUAGCAGAGAUUUGGUUUCCAACGUAGUUAGCAACUUGGCAAAAACAACAGUGUGUUGGUGUUACGUCAACCCUAAGUAGAUUUAUUAACUUUUGUCAAUUAAUGAAAACCCUAUUGACUUUGUACUUAGGCUGUAUUCUAACUGUAAAACCAUUCAGUGGUGGGCAGAUAUAUUAUUCUGUCAGCAUCAGUUCAAUACUUGUAUGAUUUAGCUAAUUGGUUUUAAUCAUGUUUAACCUCAUUCCCUUGUCUUGCCUUGUAGAUCCCCUGCCUGUGUGGCACUGCCCCCUGCCUGGUGUGCAAAUUCUGCCCCAGUGGGAAUAACUCCACUGUCACCCGACUGAUCUAUGCCUUCUUCCUCCUGCUGGGCGUGGGCAUUGCAUGCAUUAUGCUCAUGCCAGGGAUGGAAGAGCAGCUCAAUAAGGUACCAAACUAUGUGGUUAUGUAUUUGAUAUACAACAUUUACAAUUUAGAUAACUAAUUCUACACAUUUUUGUUUGGCCUGAAUAAUUACUUGUGCAUCUUGGCUCUUGCAGAUUCCAGGAUUCUGUGAUGGGGGAAUGGGUACAUCAAUUCCAGGUGUGGAGGGUCAUAUCAACUGUGAUGUCUUGGUUGGCUACAAGGCUGUGUACCGUGUCUGCUUUGGAAUGGCCAUGUUCUUCCUGCUCUUCUCCCUCCUCAUGGUCAAAGUCAAGAGUAGCCAAGAUCCCAGAGCUUCUGUACACAAUGGGUAAAUAGCACUGUGUCUUAUUCAGUAAGCAUUAUAUACUGCAAUGCAGGAAGAGAAAUGAGGAACAAGGGUAUCUAAAAGUAUAUUUAAGUUCAAACAGGUCGAUCAGUUAAAAUACUUACGCUUUCUUUUAGGUUUUGGUUCUUCAAGUUUGCUGCUGCGACUGCCAUUACCAUCGGUGCAUUCUUCAUUCCAGAGGGUCCCUUCACAACUGGUAAUGGUCCUUAUGAAUUUUUUUCUGGCUCAUGGAAAUAUACGUUUAGCCAAUAAUACUCACUUAGCCUGCAGCUAUUUGAAAGUAGUUCACACUUUGCCCUUCUCUCCCUUAGUUUGGUUCUACAUAGGAAUGGCUGGAGCUUUUUGCUUCAUCCUGAUCCAGCUGGUCCUGCUGAUUGACUUUGCCCACUCCUGGAAUGAGUCCUGGGUGGAGAAGAUGGAGGAGGGCAACUCUCGCUGCUGGUAUGCAGGUAUGGUAAUCAACAGGAGCUUCUCUUUAAGAAUACCUUGUGAAAAUGCACUGGUGACAGGUUGAGUUAAAGCAAUCCUCUGUGUCUACACUUUUCUAACUCCCACUGUCCCCACUGUCCAGACAUAACUAGUAAGUGUCAUUCCUCCCGUGCAGCUCUGCUGUCUGCUACAACCAUCAACUACAUCCUGUCCCUGGUGUCUCUGGUCAUGUUCUACAUCUACUACACCCACACUGACGGCUGCACUGAGAACAAAGCCUUCAUCAGUGUCAACAUGCUGCUGUGUGUCGGAGCCUCAGUCAUGUCCGUCCUGCCCAAGAUUCAGGUAAGGAAGUGCAUUGGGCCAGCAUGUCUCCUCACACUCCAUGUUGUACCCUGAAAACCUUAGUCUCUGGACCUUCAUCUUGUAUAAUAAACAUGUAAUUAUAAUAUAUUCUGACACAUUUACAUCUUGGUGUUAUCGUACCCCUUUUCUCAACAGGAGUCCCAGCCAAGGUCCGGGUUGCUGCAGUCUUCCAUUGUGACUCUGUACACCAUGUAUCUCACCUGGUCUGCCAUGACUAACGAGCCAGGUGAGUGUUUUAAUGAUCAAAAUACACCAAUAAGUGGCUAGCUCUUCAUCAAGACAAUCACUUUAGUAAAUGUGUUUGUCUUUGCCAUCCACAGACAGGAAAUGUAACCCAAGCUUGCUGGGUAUCAUUGGCCUCAACAACACCACCCCAGCUGGUAAGGACCACCCUGUUGUUCAGUGGUGGGAUGCUCAGGGCAUUGUGGGGCUGGUCCUGUUCCUGAUGUGUGUUCUGUACUCAAGGUAAGGAAACAGGUCAGGCCCAAACAACAAUGUCUGCAGUGUUCUCUUCUAAGGAACUGCUAAUGCUAUUUUACCAUUUACCAGCUUUGUGCAGCUGCUAUUGACCCUGACAAUAACAUGUUAUCCAUUCACUUCUCUAGCAUCCGCAACUCCUCCAACACCCAGGUGAACAAACUGACUCUGACCAGUGACGAGUCUGCCCUGAUUGAGGAUGGCCACCACCCUGAGAACUUUGACGUGGAAGAUGGUGAGAACCGUGCCGUGGACAACGAGAAGGACGGAGUCACCUACAGCUACUCCUUCUUCCACUUCAUGCUCUUCCUGGCUUCCCUCUACAUCAUGAUGACCCUCACCAACUGGUACAGGUGUGUGUCCUCACUCUCCUGGGUGAUUUGGUCUGGUAGGAUGAUAACUAGGCAAUUGCAGUAAUGUAUUGAAUAUUGUGAAAAUAUAUACAGGCCACUUAUUUAAAAGGUAGCCAAUAGAUGCGGUAAAAUAGUCAAUGAAACGCAGAAGUUCCAUUGACCAGGUUGGCGCACAGUCAAGAAAUCUGAUCUAACAAAGUGGAUAUUUGUCAAAUCCGUCAUGAUUUAUGUAUUGUAACAGGCCCACAAUGUGGUUGCUUAAGUCCGGUUUGGAUAUACAGUAUUUGGCUGUUUUCACUGCAUAACAUAUAGAAGUUGUCUCUUUUCGGGUUUAGAAGAAGUGCCUGCUAAAUGCUAACUCCACUCCCGUUCGGAUAAGAUGGUUAGCAUAGCUAGUAAACAGAAAUCGGUGGUGGUUGUCAGUUGUUUUUAACUCAAAUGCAAUUGAUUGGUUAAGGAUAACAUUAACAUGUAUUGGGGUUGACAUCCAUACAAGCAUUAUACUCCGAUUGUUACCUCAACAUAGUGUGAAAUACACACAGACAGUAGCCUAAAUGAGAUCUUUCCCUGUUGUUUUUGAUUUUCUCAGCCCUGACUCCAACUAUGAGACAAUGACCAGCAAGUGGCCCUCUGUGUGGGUGAAGAUCUCCUCCAGCUGGAUCUGCAUUGCCCUCUAUGUGUGGACCCUGGCAGCCCCACUGGUCCUGGUCAACCGAGACUUUGACUGA